AACUCUGCAUGUCUCCCCCUGGUGGCCAGUAUUCAGUACUGCUGUUGUUCCCUGAUAACUCUGCAUGUCUCCCCCUGGUGGCCAGUAUUCAGUACUGCUGUUGUUCCCUGAUAACUCUGCAUGUCUCCCCCUGGUGGCCAGUAUUCAGUACUGCUGUUGUUCCCUGAUAACUCUGCAUGUCUCCCCCUGGUGGCCAGUAUUCAGUACUGCUGUUGUUCCCUGAUAACUCUGCAUGUCUCCCCCUGGUGGCCAGUAUUCAGUACUGCUGUUGUUCCCUGAUAAACUCUGCAUGUCUCCCCCUGGUGGCCAGUGUUCAGUACUACAUGUCUCCCCCUGGUGGCCAGUGUUCAGUACUACAUGUCUCCCCCUGGUGACCAGUGUUCAGUACUGCUGUUGUUCCCUGAUAAACUCUGCAUGUCUCCCCCUGGUGACCAGUGUUAAGUACUACAUGUCUCCCCCUGGUGGCCAGUGUUCAGUACUACAUGUCUCCCCCUGGUGGCCAGUGUUCAGUACUACAUGUCUCCCCCUGGUGGCCAGUGUUCAGUACUACAUGUCUCCCCCUGGUGGCCAGUGUUCAGUACUACAUGUCCCCCCUGGUGACCAGUGUUCAGUACUACAUGUCUCCCCCUGGUGACCAGUGUUCAGUACUACAUGGUGACCAGUGUUCAGUACUACAUGUCUCCCCCUGGUGGCCAGUGUUCAGUACUACAUGUCUCCCCCUGGUGGCCAGUGUUCAGUACUACAUGUCUCCCCCUGGUGACCAGUGUUCAGUACUACAUGUCGCCCCCUGGUGACCAGUGUUCAGUACUACAUGUCGCCACCUGGUGACCAGUGUUCAGUACUCAUGUCUCCCCAUGUCUACCUGUAGUGUGUGUGUAUAGCUAUAGUGUGUGUAUAGCUGUGGUGUGUGUCAAGCUGUAGUGUGUGUGUCUGGCUCUCGUGUGUGUAUAGCUGUAGUGUGUGUGUACAGGUGUCUUGUGUGUGUAUAGCUGUAGUGUGUGUGUAUAGCUAUAGUGUGUGUAUAGCUAUAGUGUGUGUAUAGCUGUAGUGUGUGUCUAGCUGUAGUGUGUGUGUGUCUAGCUGUAGUGUGUGUCCUCUCUACAGGUAGUUUAUGUGAGUUCCCCUUCCCUGUGCCUCCCGAGGCCCUGCUCCCUGAUGAUGAGUGUUGUCUGGUGUUUGUAGUGGAGCUGAACAAGGGACCCUACGGACUGGGCAUGGGACUCAUAGACGGACUGCACACGCCUCUGAAUGCUCCAGGGAUCUAUAUCAGAACUCUGAUACCAGACGGUCCGGCGGAGUCCGAUGGGAGGCUGCGGAUUGGAGACCGGAUACUAGCGGUUAACGGGACCAGCCUGAUAGGAGCAGACUACCAGAGUGCUGUGGAUCUGAUUCGUCUAGGCGGAGGACGCCUGCGUUUCCUGGUGGCCAAGUCAGACCUGGAGGUCUCAGAGAAGAUCAGCGCUUCGUCCUGCUGACUGGAGGGAACGGCGGGAAUCUCCACGGGAACCGCUGCCCCCACAG